AACCAAGAGCACAAGGCAGAGACGACAACAAGAACCACCAGUCAAAACAAAGAGGGCAGCCAACACUGACGGAGAAACACUGUUGAUCUUCAGCAGAGAAGCCUUUUCAUCUUUUUGUCACGCCGAGCACUUGUUCAUUGCAAGGCUCUCUAUUUUUUUUUGUCACUUCUUGCAGCAGUCUCCAGAAGAUCUCAUCAUGAGAUACUGCACUUUAGCCUUGUGUUUAGUUUUGGGGAUAAGCCUGCAGGACGGAUGGAGCCUUCCCCUCAAGUCCGUCUUUGUCACCUUCCCAGGAGACGUCAUCAAAAACAUGACUGAUACGGAGCUGGCAGAAAGUUACCUGAAGAGGUUUGGCUACAUAGACACACUGCACCGCAGUGGCUUCCAGUCUAUGGUAUCCACCUCCAAGGCUUUGAAGAGGAUGCAGAGGCAGAUGGGGCUGGAGGAGACCGGAGAGCUGGACAAGUCGACCCUGGAGGCCAUGAAACAGCCUCGCUGCGGGGUUCCCGAUGUGGCCAACUACAAAACAUUUGACGGAGACCUCAAAUGGGACCAUAACGAUGUCACUUACAGGAUCCUUAACUAUUCUCCAGACAUGGAGAUCUCUCUGAUUGAUGACGCCUUUGCCAGAGCCUUCAAGGUGUGGAGUGACGUGACCCCUCUGACUUUUACCCGCCUCUUUGAUGGCACAGCUGACAUCAUGAUAUCGUUUGGAAAAGCCAACCACGGAGACCCGUACCCCUUUGAUGGUAAGGAUGGCCUCCUGGCCCAUGCUUAUCCCCCUGGCGAGGGUAUGCAGGGAGAUGCCCACUUUGAUGAUGAUGAGUACUGGACUUUGGGAGCAGGACCAGCUGUGAAGACUAGCUAUGGGAAUGCAGAUGGUGCCAUGUGCCACUUCCCCUUCACUUUUGAGGGCAAAACCUACACCACCUGUACCACUGAUGGCCGUUCGGACAACCUGCCAUGGUGCGCCACCACAGCUGACUACAGCAGAGACAAGAAAUACGGCUUCUGCCCAAGUGAACUUCUCUACACAUUUGGAGGAAACGCAGACGGAGCUCAGUGUGUCUUCCCCUUCAUCUUUCUGGGGGAAGAAUAUGACAGCUGUACCACAGAGGGCCGCAGCGACGGCUACCGCUGGUGUGCCACCACAGACAACUUUGACAAGGACAAGAAAUAUGGAUUCUGCCCCAGUCGUGACACCACUACAAUCGGUGGAAAUUCUGAGGGAGAGCCCUGCCACUUCCCCUUUGUGUUCCUGGGUAAAGAGUACAACUCCUGCACUAGUGAGGGACGAGGCGAUGGCAAGUUGUGGUGCGGAACUACUGACAGCUAUGAUGAAGACAAGAAAUGGGGAUUCUGUCCUGACCAGGGUUACAGUCUGUUCCUGGUAGCAGCCCAUGAGUUUGGACACGCCCUUGGCCUGGAUCACUCCAGCAUAAGAGAGGCUCUCAUGUACCCCAUGUACAGCUAUGUGGAAGACUUCUCCCUGCAUGAAGACGACAUUGAAGGCAUUCAAUAUCUCUAUGGAAGCAAAACGGGCCCUAAUCCCACACCCCCUCAGCCCGACACGCCCACCACUGACGCCUACCCAGACCCUGAUGACACAGACGCUACAGAAGAACCCGAACCCACUGAACCCACCACCACCACCACCACACGACCUGUGGAUCCAACCAAAGACGCCUGCAAGAUCACCAAAUUUGACACCAUCACUGUGAUUGAGGGAGAACUACAUUUCUUCAAGGACGGAAAUUACUGGAAGAUGUCCAGCAGGAGCGAUGCAGAGCCCAAGGGACCGUUUGCUCUUUCUGAGAAGUGGCCAGCUCUGCCAGCUGUCAUUGACUCUGCCUUUGAGGACCUUCUGACCAGGAAAUUGUACUUCUUCUCAGGGACCAGAUUCUGGGUGUACACAGGGCAGAGUGUUCUGGGUCCCCGCAGCAUAGAGAAGCUCGGCCUCCCCAGCAGCGUUCAGAAGGUGGAGGGAGCCCUGCAGAGGGGAAAAGGCAAGGUGCUGCUCUUCAGUGGGGAGAACUUCUGGAGGCUUGAUGUGAAGGCCCAGAAAAUCGAUAGAGGAUACCCCAGAUACACAGAUGCCGUCUUUGGUGGUGUGCCCAAUGAUGCUCAUGAUGUAUUCCAGUACAAAGGUCACUUCUACUUCUGCCGGGACCGCUUCUACUGGCGCAUGAAUUCCCGCAGGCAGGUGGAUCGUGUUGGCUAUGUGAAAUAUGACCUCCUCAGGUGCUCAGAUUCUUCAGGCACUCGCUACUAAGAUGAACACACAGGGAUGAGCUGGAAAUCGUCUGUAAUGUGGUAGCACCUAUUUAUCUCCUCUGUGCAGGUGCCUGAGAGGAUGAGAUGCAGUAUUUGUGUAUAGCACCUGUUCUAUGAUGUGUGUGCUUUCUGGGAUGUGAAUAAUUGGCCAUCACUGAUGUUGGCUAAUUCUAAAACAUACAGCAUUGGCCUAAAAUAAGCCAAAGGCCCAAAGGAAAGCAAGGCAAAUUGCAUUCUUUGGCACCCUGCCCCCAGUCCGAUCAUCUGUGAACUGAUGGUGGUCUAAAGACCAAUAAACAUUUUAAAUAUUAUCAAAAGCUAUCUGGUUCAGAUUCCGGAUUUGCUAAAUAAUUGUAUUGCGUCUGACAGGUUCAGACUCUUAACAGUAUUGGAUUAUUUUGGUAUUUAUAGCAAUAUCUAAUAUUAUUUUUGUGUCCUAAAGCUUGUCUGUUUUGUAUAAUUCUGUGUAUUUCUAAAAAUGGCUUCAAAGCCAAUUACUUGCACUGGAAGACAAAGCAUGUCUCCUUCACUGAAAGUAUUUAUGAUUUGUUUUGUAUUAAAAAUUUUAACUUUCAAUGCAAUAAACAUUCCGUGAGAACUACA